UGUGGGUAUUAGUAUCGCAGCUCGGAGACGCUCACCGCUGCAUCACUUGGGCAUCAUGCACACAGCUGUGGUUUUCCUGGCUUGUCUGCCCCUGGCCUUACAAGCUCUACCCUUCGCCGUGUCCCCUGGCACCUGGACCUCCCGGGACAUACCCACCAAUAACAGAGAUGCCAGGCAAGCUGCCCGACUGGCCGUCACCUACCAGAACUACCUAUCCGGGUCUCCGCACCAGCUGCUAGAGGUCGCUGAAAUCAAGAAGGCAACCCUGAAGUUUGUUCCUGAAAUUGGACAUAAAUACUAUGUGGAAUUUACUGCGCGAGUCUCUCAAACCAUGGAAAAUAUAGGACUAUGCACUGCAACCGUUUUCUUCCAAGAAGAGAAGCCUCGACCAGCCAUUCAUGUCAAUUGUUCCAGCACCAAGAUCCAGAAACAAGCCAGUGAUGAUGACUACAACUUCUACAAGCUCAUGAAGUCCCAGACUAUACCCAUCACUGGAGAAUACAUUCCUGACAGCUUUGGAUACAUUGAGCCACAACUAGUACCUGUGUGGAAUUUGGCUCAUUUGGGAAGCAGCUAUGUUAUCUGGGAUAAGACUACAGAAGGACAUGAAUACAAUAUGGCACAAAUCAAAUCUGUAAAGCAAGUGCUCCGAAAGGACAAUUUAAUUGCCUUCGACUAUGACCUUUAUCUUCAUGAAAGACCAUCAGAGGAAAUGUUAUCUUGUAGCGUACAUGUUGUCUGGAUUCCCGGAAAGCCACCCAAAGUGGACUAUAGCUGUUCAGAGGACUCCGAUAAUGGAUCUGGACACAAGUCUGAGGAUGGAUCAGCUUUUCUGGGAAACUUUAAAUAAAAAGAAUAAUUUCAUAAUACACACCGAAGGGUCAUUUAUGGGAAUUUAUAUAAUGUAAGGUGGGGCGGCCGCCUUUUUUUUUUUUUUUUUUUUUUUUAAA